UGUCUCAUUUAAAUAAAUUAUUAAGUCCCCUUAAAUGGCUCUCAAGAACAUUUCCACAUAUUUCCAAGGUCUCAAGUGAUAACCCAAGAACAGAUGGAGCCAUUGUCACCUCCUACUGAGCUUGGAGAGAUUACAGUAGAGGAGCUGAAGGCCUACGAUGGAUCGAACCCGAAGAAGCCAUUGUUGAUUGCAAUCAAAGGACAGAUCUAUGAUGUAUCACAAAGCAGGAAGUUUUAUGGACCGAGUGGACCUUAUGCUUUGUUCGGUGGUAAGGAUGCUAGUAGAGCUUUGGCAACACUGUCUUUUGAGGAGAAAAACUUCACUGGUGAUAUCUCAGGUCUUAGCUCAUUAGAACUUGAGAACUUACAGGAUUGGGAAAAUAAGUUUAUGAACAAAUAUGCUAUGGUUGGAACAAUUAAGAAAACUGAGGUAGUGGCAGAUCAUGGAUCAGUUGCUCGUCCUGUAAAGGUGGUGUCAUCUAUGGUUCAACAGGAAGAGGAGGAGCACCAAAUUAAAGGAUGUUUCUGUUGCUGGAGAUGCUGAGAGAGAGAGAGACAGAGAGAGAGAGAGAGAGAGCAGAUCAGAUAUUUGUAUCCCAUAAAUCUUAUUAUGUAUAGGUGUUGUCUUUGAUCCUGUGA